AGGCAAUAAUAACAAUCUUUACCACUGCUACACGAGUCAGGACAUCUAGCAGUGUCAGACUCAUCAAACUGAGAGGGCACAGCAGAGACUGACGAUGAGGCUAAUGUAGCAACAACGGCGAGUACUAAUUCAGAGGAGAAGUGCAUUGUUUGUAGUGACCUUGUGAUAUGGAAUCAGAUGAUUCUGAGGACAUCAGGAAGACUACUGGCUUUUAUGUGCUGGACAUCGUCAUUUGAAAGUCGUCUUGCGUGGUCUCACCUUCAAAUGAAUGACACAUCUGCAAUGCCAACAGAUUGCCACCUCCUUCAUGAAAUCAGGGUAAUUUCAGGCUGCUGGGCUCGAGAGGCGGCAACAAUCGCACCUGGUAUACGGGCCGCGGGUCGGAAGAUCAACGCCGUACGGGCCGUACGGGUAAGGUAUUACCCGUGCUAACCCGCGGGUACACAAACAAGAUAUAGUGAUAGUAUCAACG